AUUAUCGGUACUAUCAAUUGCGAUCCAGUAAAGCAAAACGCGACGGCAGUGCUCUUAGAAAAAAACAGGAAGAAUUAUCCGAUACCAGGAGUUUAAAAAACCUACUAAUUCGAGAUUGUCAUCGAUUAAGAAAAAUAAACCAAAAUGUCCAAAAAGCCAGGUACCACUCAAGCAAUGCAUAAGGUUAUAAUGGUUGGAAGUGGAGGUGUAGGCAAAUCUGCUCUUACGUUACAAUUUAUGUAUGAUGAGUUUGUUGAAGAUUAUGAACCUACAAAAGCAGAUUCCUACAGAAAGAAAGUUGUAUUGGAUGCAGAAGAAGUACAAAUAGACAUAUUAGAUACUGCAGGACAAGAAGAUUAUGCAGCAAUUCGGGAUAAUUAUUUCCGAAGUGGAGAAGGAUUUCUUUGUGUAUUUUCUAUAACUGAGGAUGAUAGUUUUCAAGCUACUCAAGAAUUUAGAGAACAGAUUCUUAGGGUAAAAAACGAUGAAAACAUUCCAUUUUUAUUAGUGGGGAAUAAAUGUGAUUUACAAGAAAAGAGAAAAGUUAGUUUAGCUGAAGCUCAAGCCAGGUCACAACAAUGGGGUGUACCAUAUGUAGAAACAAGUGCAAAGACAAAAGAAAAUGUUGAUAAGGUAUUUUUCGACUUGAUGCGUGAAAUAAGAUCGCGCAAGAUUGAAGAUAAGUCAGCAAGCAACGGUCGCGGAAAGGACCGUGCCAAGAGGAAGAAAAAGAAGUGCAAAAUUCUAUAGGUAUUCUUUGACUUAAUGCGUGCAAUAGCUGCGCGUAAAGCACAGGAAAACCAAGGAGAUGGAAAUGAACAGAAAAAAAGAAGUUGCUGUAUUUUGCUCUAACAAACAUAAAACAACGCGUAUAGCUGCUAUAAUGGACCGUUCAACUUCUAAUUGCAAAACCUGAGUAAGAGAAGUGUAUUUAUAUACAUACAUACAUCCAUAUAUACAUAUAAGUGCGUGACAUACACAUACAUAUGCAGAAGGAAGUUUUCUGACACUUUACAGUGAAUUGACAGUAAAAAUAAAUAUGAAGCGAUUGUAUUGAGAACGCAUAAUUUAAAUGUUAUUUAAUAAUUAUCAUAUUAAUAGGUGUAAACUUUGUACUCUUUUCCACUAAACCACUAAAUAAUUAAUUUGUAAUGUACUGAUGCAUAUAAUUAUAAUUCGUAGAUACUACUGUUAAUUUAUGUCGCAAUAUUUAUUAUAAUGCAACAACAGUAACAAAGUUUUUAACAAUGCACAAAAUUACAUUAUAUAUAUAUAUAUAUAUAUAGAUGAACCCAUUUCAAAAUUUUUCAUUACCACUAGAGUGCUGAAAUAUAUAUAGUUAUUUAAUUAAAUGCUAUAAAAAUGAAAGGAAGAACCAGAAAAGGUGAAGAAGAAAGAUUAAUGUGUAUGUAUAUGUACAUGUUCAUGCAGUGUAUGUUCAUGUAUACAUACAUUAUACAUGUAUACUAAGCACAAUAUUUCGUGAUGAUUUAAUGAUGGUUAACAAAAAAAUGUUGCAAAUAUUUAUUAUAGGAACACUGUAACUGAUUUUAUUUGCAAAUAAAAUUAUUAUAUAUUCA